AAUAGCACAGUUGUAGAUAUAGGUCCUACUAGUCGAACCGUGAAAACUUGAAUAGAUCUGUUAUCAUAUGCUUCAAUCUGCUACUACAGAUACGUUUUCAGUAGACUCACAGAUAUGAAGCUUACCAUAGUGUUCCUGUGUGCUCUCAUAGUUAGUCUUGAGUGUCGUCGUAGCUCAUCUUCUUCAAGAUCAUCAUCUUCAGGAUCCUCAGGGUCAUCAGGGUCUUCAUGGUUUAGAAGAAGUAGCAGUAGUAGUUCGUCAUCAGGAAAUUCAGCAAGUUCCUAUCCCAAGCAACAAUGGAGCAGCUCUGGGAGCUCUUAUCCCAAGCAACAAACAGGAGGAAGUAAUCUUGGAGGUUCGAGUGGAGUGUCCCAGUAUGGAGGUAAACCUAAUGCUGUAGGAGGUGGUGGCUUUGCUGCAGGAUCUCCAGGAUCUUUUGGCGGUGGUGCGGUUGGAGGGUCUCCAGGAGCUAUUGGAGGAGGUGGGUUUGUUGCACCAAAACCUGCAGGAUCAAAUGCAGGAGGAUAUGUAGCUGCCGGAGGACUAGGUGCUGCAGGAGGUUUUGCAGCUGGAAACAUGAACAAACCUGGAUUGACCAGCACUGGUGGAAUAGGAGGAGGUGGAUUUGUAAACCCAUCACAGGGUAAACCUGGGUUUCAUGGCUCUGGUUAUCCUCAACCAUCUGCCCCCAGCAUGGGUUCAUCUAAUAGUUUUGGAGGAGGUGGCCUAGCCAGUCAUGGUCUAGCCGGAGCAGCUGGUGCUGCCGGAGGAUAUGGUUUAGGAAAAACCAACAGAUAUACAUGGCCAAAACCUUCCGUUUUAAGUCCGGGCUUAAGUAAAACACAUAAAUCUGCUUACAGUCCUGGAUAUGGAAGUAAUUAUGGCACUAGUUUUACUUCUGCAAACAUGUAUAAACAAAAAAAAGGAUUUUCCAAGAAGGCAUUGGGACUUGGAGUAGCAGCUGGAUUUGUUGGGGGUGCUGCUCUGGGAGUUGCUGGUACUAUGGCAACCUAUAGUGCUUACCAUAGAUAUCAGGAGUUUAAAAAUAUGAUGAUGAUGAGAGGAUUUGGAAACUAUGACAAUGGCGGAUUUGGAAAUGAUUACCGUUCCUCAUAUUACAAAAAUAAUCAAUGCUUUGGAGGAUGUCCCAUGAAUUCUCAUUGUGAAUGGGGCUUUUGUGAGUGCAAUGCUGGUUAUGAGAGAAAAUUUGGACAAUGUGGAAGAUUGGGUGGAGAAUUUAUUUCUCGACCUUCUAACUUUGAUCCGUUCAUUGCUUGUGCUGCUACCGAAAACUGCCAGAAGUUGGAUAUGAACAUGAUAUGUAAUACAAACCUAACUAUACAAUCUGGAGGAAAAUGUCAAUGCAAACCUGACAUGAAGUGGAACGAAGCAACUGGAGAAUGUCAAAUAUUUAUAGAUGUCGAUUGCAGCUCGAUAACAUAUGAUACGCCACCAUCAAAACUCAUACUAGCUGCUGUACAAAGUGCACAGACUCCUGCAGUUCCUGCAACUGUUUCACCCGGAACUGUUCAAGACGGAAAUCAAACUUUAAUUUCAACAAUUCCUCAAGAGAGCAACUUUACAAUUCCGGAGGAUAGAACACCAACCAUUGAAGAAAGUUUAAGCACCAGCCUUUUAUCAAAGCUUGACAGAGACCAAGCAACUGCCAAUGAUUUAAAGGAGGCCUUUUGUCGUGAUGUUGAUGCCUUCAGCUUUGACUUGAAUGUUGAUGAUGGUAAACCACCCAACUGUGACCCUGUUCCCCGAACUGCUUGCGGUGUUGUCUACGACAGCUCCAGCUGCUCCGGGGGAUGGAAGCUGAUCAUUGCUGAAGGUGCAAUCAGCUUUCCAUACUUCAGUUCCUACUGGAAGUACAGGAAUGAUAUCGAUCUAAUCGGGGUCAAAGCAGGUUGCACUCUUACCGGCUUUUCUGAUACGGGAUUUUCUGGUAAUCGAGGAACAUUUAGAGCGGAUGCAAGUGACCAAUGGUGGGUUCUUGCUGAACAUGCCGAGUUUCUUCAUCUUGAUUCAGAUAUUGAAUCUAUUCAAUGUGUUUGCCGCAGAAUGUAGAGGAUAAAAUAUUUUCUGAGGAUAUACACAAACUAUGUAUAUUUAGAAAACCAUACUAUUUAACCAUUGGUGUUAUGGUUUUGUUUGAAAAUAAAACAUUAAAACAAUAA